AUGAUAUAAUCUCUCUUGAUUAAGAAUCCUUUGUAGAGAUUAGGUGCCUCAUAAAGAGAUGCCGAUGAAAUUAAAGAUCAUCCAUUUUUAAAAUAAAUAAAUUGGAAGGAUUUAUUAAAUAGGUAUUCUUCAUUAAAUAUAAAAUAAAGAAAAUAUAAACCACCAAUUCCAGUAAUUAAUGAAGACAUACUGAAUUAAGAAUUUGAUAUACCUUUUGAUUUUAUACUUUCUGCAGAUAAAUCGAGUGCAAUUAAUUACAUUAAUGGUUGGUCAUUUGUUAACAAUGAUUUUGUACAAUUUUGA